AGAAGAUAGAGAGAGAAUAGAGAGAGAAGAAGAAGUUUGACUCGGUUCCGUUGGAUUGCGACCUUCGACUGGAAGCAAAGGGUUAUUAACAAUGGCGGGCGACGCACGGAUUGAUUUCUUUAGUCGCGAAUCAGAGACGACUGACGUUGACUCCGGAUAUCCGACUCCCUGCAAAACGCCAACCGCAAGCCUCCAACCCUCCACGUCCUUCGCAGCCAUCGCCGUCGCUGACGAUCGGCCUCGAGCGCGUCGUUUCGUGUUGCGAAGACGAACCGGUCGUGCCGAUUUCUCACACCCGCUCGAUCGAAGGAAGAUGACAGGCGACUGGUAGCUGAUGAAUUGGUCUUGAGGUUCGUUAUCGUCCGGGCGUGAGUGUGUGCUUUGUCUCGGUCGUCUUCGUGUUUACUCGUACCUUUGCCGUCUGGGACGGAGUGAUAAUGAGGGAGUUACACCGUUUGCUUCGCUGCUGUUGCUCGGUCUUUUGAAUUUUCUCCGUCUUCAUUCCUCGUGGUUCCGUUGAAUUCUCCUAUUUAUUUAUGCUUUCCUUCAGCUUCUCCAAAUGAGCCUACCCUCUGAAUCCCUUGUUAGCUUCUUUCUUGGCUGAUUCUCUCUCUCUCUCUCUCUCUCUCUCUCUCUCUAGAGAUACAUGGACAAGAGAGAUAGCAGCUUCGGUGAGCUUGUAUCAAAGCUUGAGGCCUCUAUUCGGGAUGUGGCUUCGAUGGCCAAGGGCUCUGAAACCGAGAGUGAGAAUCUGUUGGAAUUCGGAGUUCUGGCGGAGAAGUUCGUGCCCAUUCUCGAUGAUUUGAGCGAUAAUGAUAAGGCCAAAGGCUCAUCUCCUAUGCGAAAAGCGGUCGAGUCGCUCGACAAGGAGUUUGGGCGGGCUAAGGCUUUGAUUAGAAGCCCCAACGCAAGAGAAGCUGUGAAACAGAUUGAGGAUUUGACUCAUGAUCUCGGUCGAUCUUUGGGACUUGUGCUCUUUGCCAGACUCGAUAUCUCGACAGAAAUCAAACAGAAAAUCAGCGCUUUGCACAGAGAGUUGAUGAACACCAAUUUCACCACCAGUCAAAUUACCAGUUCAAGCACCAGCAGUGAAAUGGGAUUUUAUAGCGAAUCAGAGGUGGAGGAGGAGGAGGACAAUAUUGUAGAAGAGGAGAGAAUUAAUCUCGAUAUCAACGACUUGGUUUUGCAACUGAAGUAUGGCGACGAUGAUCAGCUCAAAUGCGCCCUUCUAGGGUUGCAACAUGUAGUUAAUGGAAAGGUGGUGAAUCAAGAAUGGAUUAGUGAACAUUCUAUUGUUCCCAUCCUAAUUAACAGAUUGAGUGUGGGCAAGCAGAAUAGCCGGCUGACUGUCAUGCGGAUAUUGAGAACCCUCGCUUCACAGGAUGCCAUAAACAAGGAGAAAAUGGCAGAUGAUGGUUCUUUAUCAGUGCUAGUAAAGUCUUUGGCACGGGAUGUGGAAGAGAGACGGGAAGCGGUGGGGUUGUUGCUUAGUCUCUCGGAUCUUAACGCAGUCAGGAGGCGAAUUGGCAGACUACAAGGCUGUAUUGUUAUGUUGGUGGCUGUGCUUAACAGCGAAGAUUCGAUUGCCUCAAAUGAUGCGUGCAAAUUAUUAAAUGCUUUGUCUAGCAAUACACAGAAUGCACUUCAUAUGGCUGAAGCUGGAUAUUUCAAGCCACUCGUGCAGUACCUGAAAGAAGGUUCUGACAUGAGCAAAAUUCUUAUGGCUUCUGCUCUUUCGCGGAUGGAGCUGACCGAUCAAAGUAAAGCUUCUCUUGGGGAAGAUGGGGCAAUAAAUCCCCUUGUCAAAAUGUUCAGUGCAGGGAAGCUUGAAGCUAAGCUGUCUGCAUUGGGUGCACUGCAUGACCUAUCCAGCUCGACAGAGAAUAUCCAGCGUUUAGUCAGCUCUGGUAUUGUAGGCUAUCUACUUCAGCUACUUUUCUCUGUGACAUCGGUUCUGAUGACUCUCCGGGAGCCUGCAUCAGCUAUUCUUGCUCGAAUUGCUCAUUCAGAAUCAGCUUUGGUCAAUCCAGAAGUGGCUCAACAGAUGCUCUCACUUUUGAAUCUGUCAAGCCCAACAAUCCAGUGUCACCUCUUACAAGCUCUCAACUCCAUAGCAGCCCAUCCUAGUGCAUCCAAAGUUAAAAGGAAAAUGAGGGAGAAGGGUGCAUUUCAACUUCUCCUUCCCUUUCUCACUGAAAGUAACCCUAAAAUAAGAACCGACGCAUUGAAAUUACUUUACACUCUUUCUAAAGAUUCACCAGAAGAGUUGGGAGAGCAGCUGGGAGAAUCCCACUUAUUCACUCUGGUCAGCAUUACAGCGACCUCCAUAAGUAUGAUUGAAAAAGCUGCAGCAGUUGGCAUACUGAGCAAUAUCCCUAUUGCUGAUAAGAAAGCGACGGAUGCGAUGAAGACGGCAAAUUUACUGCCCAUUUUGUUGUCAGCAAAGAGUUCUAGUUCUGCGACUUCAACGUCCACAGAUCAGGCCGAGCUCUGGUUGGAAGAGAGCGUUGCAGGUGUACUGAUUCGAUUUACUAUCCCAUCUGACAAGAAAAUGCAACAUUUUUCUGCAGAACAUGGGGUUAUUCUUUCCCUUGUGAAGUUGCUAUCCAGCGGUUCACCACUUGCAAGAGCCAGAGCUGCAAAUGCGCUGGCUCAAUUAUCACAAAACUCAUUCUCCCUUGCAAAAUCUAAAAGAUCGAGGUGGUUAUGUGUGUCCCCUUCCUCUGAUGCACUUUGUGAAGUCCACGAAAGCUUCUGCAAAGUCAAAUGCACAUUUUGCAUUGUCAAAGCAGGCGCCGUUGCUCCACUGAUUCAUGCGCUAGAAGGCAAGGAGAGAGAAGCUGAUGAAGCUGUUCUAGAUGCGCUCGGAACUCUCAUCCAGGAUGACAAUUGCGAGAACGGGAGCAAUUACUUGGCUAAAAUAUCGGGUGUCGCAGCCCUGAUAAAAGUUCUGGAAUCAGGAAAUGUGAAGGCUCAAGAGAAAGCAUUAACAAUGCUAGAGAAGAUCUUCAGCAUUGAUGAGCACAGACUAAAGUAUGGAGCAUCUGCUCAGAUGGUGCUCAUUGAUUUGGCCCAGACUGCGAAUUCCAGAUUGAAAUCGACUGCGGCGAGAAUACUGGCACAGCUUGAACUCUUGCAAAUCCAGUCUAGCUACUUCUGAGAGGGACGCAUUUCGAGUGUAUUUUCAUCGCUUGUUAGCUUCACCUGGUUAUAAUUGGUCUCAGCUGGUAAGUUACUUAAGUGGAAGAAGCAUGGAAACUCCUCGCUGUAUAAAUUAUACAGUACUCAAACGAAAAAUUACUAUUUUUGUCAAAAUAAUAUGGGGUACUGUAAAUUUUGACAGGGAUAAAGUACAUAUGUAAUGUUAAUAUAGCUCACUUUGUGUUUCAUAAAAAAGUGAAAGUGUUUGUAGUUUUGAAGCACCUCAAGUAUGAUAGAAUGUAUUGGCAACUCGUCAUUUUCGAUUUCUAUUGUUUGAG